CAAGCCUGCGAUUUCAAACCCUUGCCUUCACAUCACUUGUUUUCGUCUCUACUGUGGUGUCGAGAGAGUGCAGAAUGGGGAGGAGGAUUCUGAACGAUGCAUUGAGGACGAUGGUCAAUGCCGAGAAGAGAGGCAAAGCUGCGGUGGAGCUCAGCCACAUCUCCACCGUCAUCUCUUCUUUUCUCCAAAUCAUGAAAAACCGCGGUUAUGUGAAGAAUUUCCAAGUCUAUGAUCCACAUAGAGUUGGGAGGAUAACAGUUGAGCUACAAGGUAGGAUCAAUGACUGCAAGGCCCUCACAUACAGGCAAGAUCUCAAGGCAAGGGAUAUUGAAGCUUACAGAUUGAAUACUCUUCCAACUAAUCAGUGGGGUUAUGUUGUGAUUUCGACGCCGGAUGGUGUUUUGGAUCAUGAAGAGGCCAUUAGAAAGAAUGUGGGUGGUCAGGUUCUUGGUUACUUUCAUUAGAAAUAAUUGCUGCCGAUUUAUUUUGGCCUCUUAAAAAUUGAAUGAAUUUGAUCAUGGAAUGUUUUAUUCAGCAAAAGAGGUUUUGUUUUUCUAUUUUGGCCUUGUAGAGUUUUAUAGCAGUUCAUGCAUGAUUUGUGUGAUGGAUUGGUUUCAUGCUCUGUGGAAAUUAGUCCUGUUUUUGUUUAAUAAUAGACUUGACAUGAGCAGAUAUCAGAUAACCUAAGUUCAUAAUGUAAGUUAUAUUCACUGUUA